AUGGCUCCCGUCGCCGUCACUCCUGUCUCUCCCCCUUCGCCAAUCCUGGAUGUGACAUCCAAUUUGACGAAGGCUGGCGUUGAAUCCAUUCUAUCCAAGACCAUCUCAAACGAGUCACCAGCGGUUGCCGAUCUUGAUGCCUCGAGACUCACUUUCACUCCCAAUUUGAACCCCAAGAGCGUCCCGGCCCCAAACUCGCCGGAAGUAUGGAGUCAGAACUACACGACAGAUCACAUGUUGACAGCUCGAUGGACCGAACAAUCGGGUUGGGAAGCCCCUGAGAUUCGGCCUUAUGGCCCGCUUUCCAUCAUGCCCACCGCGUCGGUGUUGCACUACGCCACCGAAUGUUUCGAAGGCAUGAAAGCGUACAGAGGCGUUGACGGCAAGGUCCGAUUGUUCCGUCCAGACCGUAACGCCCGCCGGUUCCUACAGUCAGCAACUCGAAUCUCACUUCCUGGAUUCCCACCGGCCGAAUUUUUGAAGUUACUCAAAAAGUUUGUUGGGGUGGAAGCGCCCAAAUGGAUCGCUGAGCCAGGACAAUUCAUCUACAUCCGGCCUACGAUGAUCGCCACCGCGCCCGCGCUGGGGGUACAAAAGCCGCGUGAAGCACUUUUGUACAUUAUGAUGGUCAUGUUCCCGCCUCUCGACGAGCCUUCUGUGAACGUUCCGUCGCCCUCGAAAGGUUUGGAUAUAGCAGCACCAGAGAAUGAGAAGCCAGAAGCACAAAAGAAAGCAGGAAUGCGACUCCUCGCCUCUCGCCACGACAUGAUCCGCGCCUGGCCCGGCGGCUUCGGCAACGCCAAAGUCGGAGCCAACUACGGACCUUCACUGGCUGCCCAGGGUGAAGCCCGCUCGCGCGGCUACGACCAGAUCCUGUGGUUGUUUGGCGAAGAAUGUUUCGUCACCGAAGCCGGUGGGAGUAAUUUCUUUGUGCUGAUGAAAGCGCCCAACGACGGGCGUCUACAACUUGUGACGGCUCCGCUGGGCGACGGCGUCAUCUUGGAAGGCGUCACGCGUGCAAGCGUGCUGGAUCUCGUCCGCCAGACUAGACCGGACAUUGAGGUCGUCGAGCGCAAGUUCACCAUGCAUGACCUCCUGGAGGCGGAUCGCGAGGGCAGAUUGUUGGAGGCAUUUGGUGCGGGCACAGCGUUUUUCAUUGCUCCCUGCUCGGAUAUCCAUUUCAGAGGCGUCGAUCUCGUUUUGCCUUUGGGAAAAGGGGUCGAGGCGGAGUUUGCUUUGGGGAUUAAGAAUGCUUUGAAGGAUAUCAUGUAUGGUAGAGUGAGUCAUGAGUGGGGGGUGGUUGUCGAGGAAGAAGAGGGGAUGAGAGGUUAA